CGUUCUUUACUAGUCCCGAUCGGUGAUGGAGAGAGAAUGUGGGUCGAAGGAGUUGUUCAGCAAAGAGGAGCUUCAAGAAAUAAGUCAAGUCCAUGUGGGAGACGAUUACGUCGAGGUGAUGUGUGGCUGCACCAGCCACCGUUACGGAGACGCAAUUGCAAGGCUUAGGGUUUUCUCAGAUGGAGAACUUCAAAUCACCUGCCAAUGCACUCCCGCUUGCCCCGAAGACAAGUUAACGCCUGCUGCCUUCGAAAAGCAUUCUGAGAGAGAGACUUCUAAAAACUGGAGGAACAAUGUGUGGGUGUUCAUCGGGGGAGACAAGGUUCCGCUUUCAAAGACAGUGUUACUCAGAUACUAUAACCAAUCAUUAAAGAAAUCCAACGGAUCAAAAAUCAUUCAUCGGGAUGAGUUUGUUGGUUGCAGCAGAUGCGGGAAGGAAAGAAGGUUCAGGUUGCGGAGCAAAGAGGAAUGUCGGGUGCACCAUGAUGCAAUGGCAGAGCCCAAUUGGAAGUGUUGUGAUUAUCCAUAUGACAAGAUAACAUGCGAGGAGGGGGAAGAAAGAGGAAGCAGGAAAGUAUACAGAGGAUGCACUCGCUCUCCAUCCUGCAAAGGCUGCACUUCUUGUGUCUGCUUUGGCUGCAAGCUCUGUCGUUUCUCUGAUUGUAACUGCCAGACUUGCCUCGACCUCACCACCAACACACCCAACUCAUUUGACUUCUAA